AUAUAAUUUUGGUGUGUCCGAGAAUAAAUAAAAAAACAAAAUUUAUUGACGUGUGAUCAACAAAUUAAAUGCAUUAACAUAUCAAAUAAAUUAGUAUUCGAGUUGGUGAGAGCAGAGGAACUAAAUUUGUUAACAACACGAAAAUCAAAGUCCAAAAGCUGUUCAAUAGAUGUUAGAAUUUUAAAGCUUCAACCAGAAAGAAAAUCAAGCAAUGGCAGAACCAGAACCGUCCCUUCAUCAAAGUAGCAGCAUGCAAUCUUCAUAUAUGAGCCCUCAAGAGGAAGCCUUGCAAUCGCUUUGUAAAAAAUUGUUAAAAUCUCGAUUUUUUCGAGGAGACUAUGAAGAGCGCAGAUACGUUGAUGCAGUAAGCGGCUAUAGAGAUAUAAUUGGGCUGCAUCGAGGAGAAAAGGAUUUAGAACGCUUAUUGCUGGAUAUUAAAAGCAAACUCCAAAUUUUUUAUCACCAUUCACCGCAUGUAUGGAUUGGCAUAACACACGGUGAAUAUAUGGGAAAUAUACCUACAAAAUUUACACUGGAUACUCACAUAUGGGUGCAGCUGCAGGAAGUUGCGUUUGGUCAGUAUUGGUUUAACAUAAAAAGUCUGCGAUUUCGAAAAAAUGAAGUAAUAUUAAGGAUAAAUGUGGUACGCUCUGUGGAACCAGAGUCGCAAAUUGACAGAAGACAAAUUUCUACACCUACCUUAGUGUCUGACAGUGCUAACGGUGCUAGAGAUGCUCCAACAACAACGUAUUCAAAAGAAGCAUUCAAAAACAUUCAGCCGACCGAAAAUAUGUCAAAACGUCCUGAAAUGGUGCAACCAGACGUUCUACAAAUCGGUUACGAUGACUUUGUUAAUGUCGUACGCGAUUGGGGAACAACAAUAAAACAUUCUGUCUAUGAUUUCGUCUCAAAUGACAUCAAUAAAGACAACAUAAAGGACUUCUUACAAUUUUUGGGUUUAGUUGUGAUCUCUCUAUUGACUGGCAGUGUAGUUGCUAUCAAAUAUUUAGGUAAUUUCGCUUUGCGCUUUAUGUUUGAGUUUACACGCUUUACCCAGGUGAUGACACCGAUAAUAAUAAAGCUGAUAGAGGCUAUAAAUAAAAUUGUUGGUGGCUUUUAUAUAUUGUUGGCGAUGAUAUGGAAAGAUGCAUUUAUGAAACGAAGGCUUACUCCAGACAAUCAAUUGACCGAUUCAAAUGAACAACCGCUAAGAAAUUUCAAGGCAAUAGAAUAUAAUCGACCCAUAUAUCAAAGUAAUCUUGAAUAUAUUCGUCAAAAUUCUCAACAGCCAUCUCUGAUGCGAUCGAGUAGAGGCCCAUUUACGGAGUUCGAACGAAAAUUUCAAUAAAGUGAUACAAAAUAUUUCGAAAAAGAAAAGAAAUUAUAUACUUAUUAAUCUGAAUGAUAGAACAUUUUCUUAUAAUUAAAUUAAUUGGCUGAGAGCAGAAUGCUUAUUAUACAUACAUAUAUAUAAAUAAAAAUUGUACAAAAGAAGCUAGCAUUCCUUAUACUGUACAUACAUAUAAACAAAAAUGGAAGAACAAAUCGAACAAGUUGCAAGCUAUUCACAACUAAUUGGUAUUACGCUUUCGUUUGAUAUGAACACUUUUAUUUUGAUACCUAUGCAUACAUACAUAUGUGUAUAUGUAUAUAUGUGUAGGAAAAAAAAACAAUGAAGGUGCUAAAUGGGACAUGGAUAAGCUUAAGUUAAAUAAUUGCAACAAAAUGGCAUUAACCACAAGUAAUUAUGCUUGAGCAUUUUCACACUUGUUCGAUAUACAUAUGUAGUGUUAUUUGUAGCAUUUAUUUGCCUAAGAAAAUCCAUAUACAUAUAAAAAAUAUUUAUUCUAUUUCAUUUUUAAUAUAAAUUGAAAUGCUUAUACAAAAUGACGAUGUCAACAAAAUUGUAUUUAGAGAAUGUUGUAAUGAAAAAAUGUAUAGUGAUAAGACGAAUUUAGUUUGCACCACUUUUGCGUGACUCUUGGCGUUUUAUAAAUUCUGAAAUUUUUAGAUUAUUUUUCAUAGCAGCUAUUUACACAAAUAAGCGAAAUUUUUUCAUUUGUUUAUUAUUGUUUUUGUAUUUCGAAAUGAAAAAAAAUAGCCAUUAACAAAGUUUGUUGGUUCAAUUUGAGUACUAAUAUUUAUUUUUGCAAAUUUCAAUAAAUCUAAGUAAACAAAAAUAAACGAUCUGUUAGUAUUAAACCUUAA